UGAAAAACCACCAGAAAAGGAAUCUGAUAAGUCUUCACGAAAACAUAAUUAGUUCCAAAACAAUUCUACAACAAAAACAAAAGAGAGAAAAAUGUCUUUUUCUGGUUAUAGCUUCGUGGUAAUAACAUUAUCCUCCAUCGUCUUAACUCAAAUCUAUGGUUUGAGAAACUUUAACCGAAUGGACGAUCUCCAACCGGAAGAAACACUAGCGAUUCACAACCAGAUUCGAGCCGCGGUCGGGGUUGCUCCAUUGGUGUGGGACGAAAAACUUGCUGCCCAUGCACAGAGGUACGCUAACGUACGAUCCCAAGACUGUGCCAUGAAACAUUCCACUGAUGGAAUGUACGGCGAGAAUAUAGCCGCUGGGUGGGUCCAACCUAUGGACACCAUGAGCGGUCCGAUCGCGACAAAGUUUUGGUUGACGGAGAAGCCUUAUUACAAUUAUGCCACCAACAGAUGUAGUGAACCGUGUGGGCAUUACACUCAGAUUGUGGCUAAUCAAUCGACACACCUUGGUUGUGGUACGGUUAGGUGUUUUAAGAAUGAGUAUGUUUGGGUUGUAUGUAACUAUGCUCCUAGGCCCAUGGGUGAUGCCAAUACUCGUCCGUACUGAUCAAUACCGUAUAAUGUGACUAUUAUAGAAAAAUUAAGAUAAUGCGUUAUUAUAGGCACGAUUAUAUGCGACGUGGUUUGCAAUUUAGUAGUUUGUAUUAGUAUUGUUGAUGUCUCACUAUCUAGAUUCAAGUAUAAAUAAAUGCGUGUUUUGAGAUAAAAAUAAUAAUAACAUGUAAUUCGGAUUUUUUUUGGAAUAUAAAAUUCAUAGAGCAACCAAAUAGAAAACUUUACAAGCGGCAAGAA